GAGGGAAGCGGAGGCAGGGAGCGCUAGGCCGGCCGGCGGUGGCGGCGGCGGCGACGGCGGCGACGGCGGCGACGAGGCCGGGACUUGGGCUGAAAGCCUGCUGUGGCAGUAGCGGUGGACGCCAAGCUCAGCAGCGGGUUUCUCUGGAAACCCCCCUGGUAAGUGUGGAGGAGGCGGGACACUCUGACCCAAGACAAAAGGCCUCUAGCUCCAGCCAAAGAAAAUAAACCUUAGGAGGGAGAAGGAAAAAAAAAAAAAAUCCAUCAGCUGUUCCUGAGAACAGCCUGCAGUGGAAUCUACAGAGAGGACAACUAAUGUGAGUGAGGAAGUGACUGUAUGUGGACUGUGGAGACAGUAAGUCACGUGGGCCCUCAGGGCCUGGACUGGGUUAGGAACAGUUGUACUUUCAGAGGUGAGGUGUCAAGAAGGGAAAAGUGAAUGUGGUCUGGAGUGUGGCCUUGGCUCCACAGGGUGUGCUUUCCUCUGGGGCCAUCAGGGAGCUCAACCCCUGUGUUCUGCCAGGGUGGGGUACAGGGUUUUGCACUGAGGAGGGUAACCUGCUGGCUGGAGCGGCAGAGCAGUGGCCUUGAUUUGUCUUUUGGAAGAUUUAAAAACCAAAAAGCAUAAACAUUCUGGUCCUUCAGCAAUGCUUUCUCUGAAGAAAUACUUAACGGAAGGACUUCUCCAGUUCACCAUUCUUCUGAGUCUGAUUGGGGUGCGGGUGGACGUGGAUACUUACCUGACCUCACAGCUCCCCCCGCUCCGGGAGAUCAUCCUGGGGCCCAGUUCUGCCUAUACUCAGACCCAGUUCCACAACCUGAGGAAUACCUUGGAUGGCUAUGGUAUCCACCCCAAGAGCAUAGACCUGGACAAUUACUUCACUGCCCGGCGGCUCCUCAGUCAGGUGAGGGCCCUGGACAGGUUCCAGGUGCCAACCACUGAGGUAAAUGCCUGGCUGGUUCACCGGGACCCGGAGGGGUCUGUCUCUGGCACCCAGCCCAGCUCAGGCCUCGCCCUCGAGAGUUCCAGUGGCCUCCAAGAUGUGACAGGCCCAGACAACGGGGUGCGAGAAAGCGAAACGGAGCAGGGAUUCAGUGAAGAUUUGGAGGAUUUGGGGGCUGUAGCCCCUCCAGUCAGUGGAGACUUAACCAAAGAGGACAUAGAUCUGAUUGACAUCCUUUGGCGGCAGGAUAUUGAUCUGGGGGCUGGGCGUGAGGUUUUUGACUACAGUCAUCGCCAGAAGGAGCAGGAUGUGGAUAAGGAGCUGCGAGAUGGAGGCGAGCAGGCGGACACCUGGGCAGGCGAGGGUGCGGAAGCUCUGGCCCGAGACCUGCUAGUGGACGGAGAGACGGGGGAGAGCUUCCCUGCACAGGAGUUUGGGACUUGGGGCGUUCCAUUAACUGGAAAUAGGAAGGAGACUACAGGCCUGCAGCUGUGCUGGGGAAGAGUGUCAGGCCCAGGCAGCCAGGGCCCAUGUCAGCCAGACUUACAGUUGCUGUUGCCACAGGUGCCUGGUGGGGAGGACCAGACGGCCCUGUCCCUGGAAGAGUGCCUUAGGCUGCUGGAGGCCACCUGCCCCUUUGGGGAGAAUGCUGAGUUCCCAGCAAACGUCGCCAGCAUAACAGAAGCAGUGCCUAGUGAGAGCGAGCCCCCCGCUCUUCAAAACAGCCUCUUGUCUCCUCUCCUGACGGGGACAGAGUCACCAUUUGAUUUGGAACAGCAGUGGCAAGAUCUCAUGUCCAUCAUGGAAAUGCAGGCCAUGGAAGUGAACACAUCAGCAAGUGAAAUCCUGUACAAUGCCCCUCCUGGGGACCCACUGAGCACCAACUACAGCCUUGCCCCCAACACUCCCAUCAAUCAGAAUGUCAGCCUGCAUCAGGCGUCCCUGGGGGGCUGCAGCCAGGACUUCUCCCUCUUCAGCCCUGAGGUGGAGAACCUGCCUGUAGCCAACAGCUCCACACUGCUCCCGCUGGUCCCCAGCAACUCCACCAGCCUCAACUCCACUUUCAGCUCCACCAACCUGGCAGGGCUCUUCUUUCCACCCCAGCUCAAUGGCACAGCCAAUGAUACAGCCGGCCCAGAACUGCCUGACCCACUGGGGGGUCUGUUAGACGAAGCCAUGCUGGAUGAGAUCAGCCUGAUGGACUUAGCCAUUGAGGAGGGCUUCAAUCCUGUGCAGGCCUCCCAGCUCGAAGAGGAGUUUGAUUCUGACUCAGGCCUUUCCUUGGAUUCCAGCCACAGCCCUUCCUCCCUGAGCAGCUCUGAAGGCAGCUCUUCCUCCUCCUCCUCCUCUUCCUCUUCUUCUGCCUCUUCCUCUGCCUCUUCCUCCUUUUCUGAGGAAGGUGCUGUUGGCUACAGCUCUGACUCUGAGACCUUGGAUCUGGAAGAGGCUGAGGGCGCAGUGGGCUACCAGCCUGAGUAUUCCAAGUUCUGCCGCAUGAGCUACCAGGAUCCGUCCCAGCUCUCCUGCCUGCCCUACUUGGAGCAUGUGGGCCAUAACCACACUUACAACAUGGCUCCCAGUGCCCUUGACUCUGCUGACCUGCCACCACCCAGCACCCUAAAGAAAGGCAGCAAGGAGAAGCAGGCCGAUUUCCUGGACAAACAGAUGAGCCGGGACGAGCACAGAGCCCGUGCCAUGAAGAUUCCUUUUACCAACGACAAGAUCAUCAACCUUCCUGUGGAGGAGUUCAAUGAGCUACUGUCCAAGUACCAGCUGAGUGAGGCCCAGCUGAGCCUCAUCCGGGACAUCCGUCGUCGGGGCAAGAACAAGAUGGCAGCGCAGAACUGCCGCAAGCGCAAACUGGAUACCAUCCUGAACCUGGAACGGGACGUGGAGGACCUGCAGCGUGAUAAGGCCCGACUGCUGCGGGAGAAGGUGGAGUUCCUCCGGUCGCUGCGGCAGAUGAAGCAGAAGGUUCAGAGCUUAUACCAGGAAGUGUUUGGGCGGCUGCGGGAUGAGAACGGGCGGCCCUACUCGCCCAGUCAGUAUGCGCUGCAGUAUGCCGGGGAUGGCAGUGUUCUCCUCAUUCCCCGCACAAUGGCUGACCAGCAGGCCCGGCGGCAGGAGAGGAAGCCAAAGGACCGGAGAAAGUGAGCCUGGGGAGGCAGGGGGUGAUGCUCACCAAGACUGAAAUUUGAGAAGGGCUGGGCCUGGACCUGGACCUAGACCUACUGCGGGACUUCAAUGCCUUCUUAUCCAAUAUAUCUUCUCAGAUGGGAUGACUGCGGGUCAGUGUACAGGAAGAGGCGGGCGCAGGCGCUGUCUGGCUCUGCUUCCCCUCAGUGGGGUGGGUGGAAGUGGCCAAACCACCUGGGUGGUCGAGGUCCACCCUUACCCCUUUGUGGUGAGGAAUGUGUGGUGCCAGCAUUGCUGGAGGUAGAGAAGCAGCUAGUGUGAAGGCUAACAAAGGGAAGGGACUAGUGACAGGAGAGUAAAGGAGUAGAAAGUUUUAUUCCUAGAAUGGAAGGAAGGAAACCCAAAAAAAUCAAAGCGGUCAGAAAAAUCACAGGGAAAGUUAAGGUGGGCUUUGGCCAGGAUUCCAGGCAACAGGUUUGAGCAACUCUGGUGGGCCUAGGUUACUGGUGUGAUAAACCCUAUUUCACCCCAGAGGGGUACACAGACACAGGGUGGGAUCGGGGAGGGGCUCUGUUAAACUCUUUCUGUUCCUUGCUCUUUGGUAUCCCUGAAGGGGGUUCUUGGAUUUCAUCUGUAAUGUUUUGGUCAAAUGGGAGCCUUGGGGAACCAACACUGGCUUGUUGGUUUAGGGCCAGAGGGCAGAGGGAACAGAAGAGGGUCAUGUGUUGCAGUAGCCCCAACACCAAGCAUGUCACUCACUGCCCUGCCACUGCCAUCUCCCUCUGUGCUCCAGUUGCCCUGAGCUGAGGCUCCUAGUGUCUCCAUCAGAGCCUGCAUGGAAACGCUGUACUCUACCCACUGCUGCCCUGCUGCCGCCUUUGUGUUCCUGCCCCUCACUGGCUCCCUGCAGCUCUUUGAGAGUGGGGCACUGUGCUGGCUGGCAGUGCUUGGGACUGGGCCUACAGCUUCCUCUCUUGGGAGCUGCUCUGGAGGCAGGGGGAUGAUGUGGAGGGAGAAGCCAGCACUUCAGGCAGUGUUCAGCACAACUGGGGAGUGAUUCUUCCCUCAGGCCUUGGCCUAUCAACAACUGGUCUUGUUACUGGGGAAAAAUAAAACCCCUACAAAACCCAGCAACAAGAAACUAGUCCUCUUAGAAUUUCUUGCGCUUUGUUUUUUAGGGCUUGUGCCCUGUUCCACUUAUAGGGUCUAGGAUGCUUGUGUUGAGUAAGGAGAUGACCCACUAUUCAAAGCUGCUAAAUGUUCUCUUUGCCAUAAAAACUCCGUGUAACUGUGUGAACACUUGGGAUUUUUUUUCUCCUCUGUCCCGAGGUCUUGUCUGCUUUCUUUUUUGGGUUUCUUUCUAGGAGAAUGAGAAGUGCAUGUAAUGGGGGGCUGAGAGCACCUUCCCCCAGGCUCUCGGCCACAGGCAGCUUCUCCAUAGCUCCAGCUUAGCCUGGGCUCCUGGAACACUGCCUGGGGGAGGCAGCAAGGGAAGCACCAAGUGGCCAGAUGGUUCCAGGACCACAAUGUCUAUUUGUAACUGUUUGCCACUGCUGCCCCCACCCCUGCUUGGCUCUGGAGUUCUGUCUGCCCCAGAUUAGCAGGAGUGAGUUCUGGGGGAAAGCACUGAUUCCUCUCCCUGUGGGGAGGGGGGGAGUUUCUAACUGAGCAGUAGGGAUAGAAGGCGAGAGCCUGGGAGUGCUUUUUAUAAAUUAUUUUCCUUGUAGAUUUUAUUUUUAAUUUAUCUCUGUGACCUGCCAGGGAGAGGAGAGAAAAAGAGAUGCUGUGAGCACAUGACAAAAUAAAAUAAAAUAAAAUGGAUGAUUCAUUCUCAAGUGCAGUUUCUCCCCACUUGGAAUUCAAACAGAGUAAAGGAAAUGGGCCUCAUGGGGGGAGGAUUGGUCAUUAUGUGGCUAAGGCAGAACUCCAGUGGGAAGUGGGUGGAGAGCUGUGGAGGCUUGACAAUCAGAUAUUUUAAAAGGAAAAAAGGAAGUGUCACCUGGCCUAGUUCCUUACCUGUCCACAAGUUAGUGACUGCUCUCCCUACCCACCCCCCUGUACUGGGGAUUGAACCCAGGAGUGCUUUACCACUGAAUUACAUCACAAGCCCAUCUUUUGAGACAUGGUCUUGCUAAGUUGCACAGGCUGAUCUUGAACUUCUGAUCCUCUUCCCUCAAGUCUAUAUAGUUGCUGGGAUUAUAGGCAUGUGUCAGGCUAUAAUAAGGUGACUAGAAUCUGUUAUCCCUCCAAACACCUACUCUAGUCAGGCAUGGUGGCACACACCUAUAAUGCAGCAAUUCAGGCUGAGGCAGGAGGAUCUCAGGUGUGAGGACAGCCUGAACAACUUUGUAAGACCCUAUCUCAGGGAAAAAAAAAAAAAAGGUAAAGCCUAUGAUCUUGAACUCCCUUGUAUGAUGUAUAACCUGGCUCAGAUCACUCCUUUAAUAAUGUACUAGAACAGAAUUCUAAAACUUAAAAGGGGCAAGGGAACUAAAAAUAUUUGAAAUAAAACCUCAAUUCAUGGUGAUAGUUCAAAAAAAUACAAAUCAUAACCUAGAAGGGUAAACAGAAUGCAGUUGUUGCGAGGCAGGGAGAUAAGCUGUUCUUGUGCUGACUUCAGUCAGCAAAAUGAUUUUUCCAUGUCUUACUCUACAAGAAAUGGAUGUGGACCCACUGUUUCAAACUACUCCUUCCUAGAUCUCACCAUUGAAGCUGGGGCAACUUAGUAUCUAUGAAAACAAUUACAGAACUGAGGGGCAAAGUAGUGACUUAGAGUUAUGCCUCCAUGGCAGACUCACCCAUUCUUCCUGGGAAAAACUGAACAGUAAUAGUCAGACACCUUGGUUACAUUGAAGCCCUGCUUUCCUCAGGCUGAUCUUGUCCAUGAUUUUAUUACCCUCAGCUAAACCAGACCUUGCUUGCUGUGUUCAGGCUUGUGGUAAACUGCUGAAAUAAGUGCUGUACCCCCCAAAAAAAAAAAAAAAAAAA